AGGGGAAACUCUUCUAUUUACCCAUCACAAAUGUACCUGUUGAAUUUGCUCUGUGUGUUGAUGGAUAUAGGGAUGCUGUACUUGGAUGCAUGGAUGCAUUUGAUGGCUGGUUGGGUGAAAGAACGCAUAAACUGCUUAUAUUUUCCACACCAAAUUAAACAUUUAAAACUGUUUAAAUCUACAUGUCAGUUAAUGUUUUUAAGUGUUUUCUGUGACACCCAAAAGGGUUGUUGGGUACUUAUAACGUUACCAAAUUCUGACGGUAGCCUGCACACCUCACACAACAUGGAAUGCUAACCCCGCCUCCAGACGUACUUGAUUGGUCUAAAGUUUCCAUGGCCCCGCCUUUCGCCUGAUUGUCCUGAACCUCACCAAACCACUCAUACCCACAGGCGAUCGAGGUUACCGACACCUAUCAUAUCCCGUGCAGUGAUUCAUCACGAAUUUGCUAAUCUGGUGACUAAUUCUUGAUCAUACUUUGUGACGGGAACAAUUCACUUAACUUUUUGUCACGCAUUUUACUUCAGUUUAUAGGGUGUCCAGAGCACGACUUUUUGAAUGCUGUUCAGAAUACUUUAUAACGCGGAAACGUAACUUACUUUCCUAUUCUUGGAAGUCGUCCAACGCACCUGCAAUAAGGGGAAAAAACUUGCGGAAGAAACUGUCAGUUCAACUGUGUCAAAGUGACUGAUUCCGGCUGUGAUUUAAAAUUAAAACCCAACCUCUCGAUGUGCAGCGUGCAGAUUGGCAGUCAAUAUAUGGAUUCUACAUAGGAAGGGAUGUACUCCUGUGGUUCAUUUCAAAGUUUCAGACAAACUUUGGCUGUUACGCGCCGCUUCUGAGAAGUGGUCACAAACUUCUGCUUGACUUCGUGUCCUUAUCAACUCAAGCGUGCCCUCCCGUACACAUCGCUGAGACGGGCCCAGCGAGAGAACGCACCGGCCGGCUGCCGUCAUGGGCUGGCGUCCGUAUCCUGGAGCUUUCACGGUAUGGACAGUGACUGUUCUGGUGAUUGAGCUUGUUUGCACGGCCUUGGGGAAGAGGCAUGUGGUCUACUGGAACUCCACAAACACCAAGCUGGUAAAUGGAGACUACGCCAUCACGGUGGAUCUGAAUGACUAUCUGGACAUCCUCUGCCCGCACUACCCCGCUGACCUCCCGUCCUCCUCGUCGCCGCCGGAGACGCUGGCGCUCUACCUGGUGCCGGAGGCAGGCUUCCGCGGUUGCCAGGAGACGCGGGGGGCCAUCAAACGCUGGGAGUGCAACAGCCCUUAUGCCCCCUACGGCCCAGUGCGCUUCUCCGAGAAGAUCCAGCGGUUCACGCCCUUCUCCCUGGGCUUCGAGUUCCUGCCCGGACGACACUACUACUAUAGCUCACUCUCUACAGAUGACGGUCCGGUCCUGCCCUGCAUGAAGAUUCGAGUCACAGUGUGCUGCUCGUCCACUGGACCAGAGCGAGACCAAGGAACCCCGGCCCCUCGCAGUGGAGUUGAUCCUGUGAAGAGCACCUCAUGUCCUGCUCUCCUCCUUUUCUCUCUGCUCGUAGUUCUCCUGUCUGUCUGAUUUCCCUGCCCCAUCCACUCACACUUACACAAAGAAAGAGGGAGGAUUCACAAGUUGUGUGUAAAAGAAAUCUCUGCAGUUCCUGUAGUGGCACUAAUCUCUGGCUCCAUUUCCUCUCAUCUUUUCUCUUUGUCCACUGACUCUUCUCUUCUCUCUCUCUCCAUUCUGCCCUCUCUUCU